UCAGUGCUUGCCAGAAUGGAAGGCAGCAUUGAGCAGCUCAGCCUUGGGAGGGAACCCGAGGGGGUGAAGGACAGCCAGGCCCUGGCCCAGCUCCAGGAGUUGGCCCUGGAGUGGUUCAUGGAGACGCAGGCCCCCCUCAUUCUGCAGAACGGCGCCCUGCCCCCCUGGUUUCAUGGAUUCAUCACCCGCAAGCAGACGGAGCAGCUGCUCAUGGACAAAGGUCUUGGCUCUUUCCUCAUCCGCCUCAGUGACCGGGCCACCAGCUACAUCUUGUCCUACAGGGGCAGCAACCGCUGUCGGCAUUUUGUCAUCAGCCAGCAUCAAAACCGGCGCUACUUCAUCUCAGGAGACACCCACAGCCAUGGCACCCUGGCUGAGCUCGUCCGCUAUUACCAGGAAGUGCAGUUUGAGCCCUUCGGGGAGACCUUGGCUGCUGCCUGCCCCCGGGCAGGCACCCCUCUUCCCCAGCUCGAGGACAGUGAUCUGUAUGAUGCUAUCACUCUGAGUCUCCACCAGACCAACCCAGGCUUGGAAAAUCAUCCUGGCACUGCAGCCCCCAUGGGGAUCCCAGACAAGGCGGCCAGUCCCCACCCCUCUCCAAAGCCUCAGGUUUCCUUCCUCCAUGCAAAGAAGAGCCUGGAUGCGAGCCCCUGGAACCUCUCCGAGGAGGAAAGCACGGAGGUACCCAUCAGUGUGCCCCCGCUCCCUGAGAGGCAUGCCUCCCUCAUGGACGAGUCUCUUGGAGGCCCCAGUGACAUCAUGUAUGCAGACCUGAGGAAGAUGAACAAGGCAUGGCUGGGCCCGGACACAGCAGUGUCCAGUAGGCAUAGUCCAGUUCCUGCUGGCAGUCAGGCCUGCUCCCCAGCCAGGGAGGUCCCACAGGGACUCUUGGAUGGAGACCAGAACAGGCCCGAAGACCUAGGGCUGGCCUUCUCUGGGGUGAGUUCAGACCAGGGCCCAACAGGGUCUUCCACUCUCACUCUCCGGGGACUCCUCCCGCCCCCCAGUUCUGAGGCCCUGGGAUCUCCAGCUGCUAACUGGAGCCAUAGGUCUCCGAAGCUGAGCUACAGGGCUCAGCUCUACUCCCAGGGCAGUUCUGCAGACACCUACGAGCUCAUCAGUAGAGUAGGCCUCCUACAGGAGCCCAGCGAUGCCCCAGACCAAGGAGAAGGCAGUACCUACGAGCAGAUCCCAGCCUGCUGGGGCAGCCUGGCCAGGUCCCCACAUCCUGGGGCCAGCUCCACAUACAGCAAGCCGUCGGGGCCCACGGACUGUGGCUACGAGAAGAUUCCGGAGGCCCGGGAGCUCCCAGAGCCCAGGAACACCUAUGAGCAAAUCCCAGCAGCCAGGAUCAAGGAAACUGAACGGACACAUAAGCCUGACAGGCUCCGGAGGCUCUUCUUCACGGACAAGAAGCAUAAAUCCUGAGGUCCUAGCUUCCAGCAUGGUGGGUUUCCUGCUACCUGGACUGUACCAGGGGCUACAGGAAAGACCCCAGCUCACCUGAAGUCACCUCUCGGAUCCUUGGACUCAGCAAUUCUGCGUGGAACCAGGCUCAGAGACACAGCCUACGGUGCCUUCCUGGAGAGGGGCUGCCUGCAGCUGCUGGCUGUGCCUUGCUUCCCCAGUGCCUGCCCCACAUCCAGGAAACCAAGGCCUGCAAGGCAUGGGGAUUGGCUGAAUGCAGGGGUCAGCAACCCCAUUUCCCAGAUAAGUAUACUGAGGCCUGGGUGACUGACUGAGCCUGCCUCCCACCCUUCCAGACCCUGUGCUAGGACAGACAUUUUCCUAACUGGCUGAGGGACAACAUGCAAUUGCUCUUAAGACCAAAACCAGUUCCCCUCUUCAUGCCCCUAGCAGCAGGAAGGAGGGGGACGGGCAGGAACACAUCCCCUGCUCCUGCCCCAUGAGGACUGGGCAAGAAGCCAGGGAAGUGGCAGCAAAAGCCCGGUCUCGGAAGUGACGGUUCUGACCCUGGAGCAGGCCAGGUUCCCAGGGACCGUUGUCUUGGUUCCUCUCUAAGCUGGGCAGACUCUAAAGGGCAUCCUGUCUGAUCCCUUUGUGCUGCACAUGGGGAAACUGGGGCCCAGAGAGGAGCAGCAACCUGUUUGGGGUCACACAGCUGGU